UCGAUACGUUAUUAAAAACCGGCGCCUCGCGUAUCGUCAUCAAUCAUCCACGUACGUCCCGCAAUAAUCGAGAUUCGUAUGGCCUCGCAACCCCGUAACUUGAGGGAAUUACCGAAUUUCCCACAAUAAAUCCGACAACGUCGUCUAUUGUUUGUUUAUUUCCGUCAGACGUCGUCGUCUACUGUGCGAUCGUCUAUUGGUUGGUAAACGCGGUGUUCGGAAUUGUUGUUUGUUGUUGUUUUUUUGCGAUAACUUUGAGGUUAAGUUUCUUCCUCUUGGUUAAAGACAGCAAUUAUCGCAGAUCACCGUUAGUCCAACAAGCCAGGCGACAGAUAAUCAACAAAUAUGGCGGCGUUCGUUGCGAAGCAAAUGGUCGGGAACAAAUUAAACGCGGUUAAAGGAGCGGUUGGUGGCGACAGCGACGAUGCCGACGACAAAGAAAAGGAGGAGGAGGCAGAGAGGGAACGACAGGAGGCCAUCAAAGAGGCCGAGGAACGAAGGAAAGAAAAACAUAGGAAAAUGGAGGAAGAAAGGGAAAAGAUGAGGCAAGAAAUACGAGAUAAGUACAAUAUAAAGAAAAAAGAGGAGCCGCAACCGCCGAUGGAGGAGGAACCCAACCCCCUGAUGCGGAAGAAGAAAACGCCCGAGGAACUGGCCCGCGAGGCGGAAGAGGCGGACGAGGACGAGUUCACAAUUUUAUUUUACUUGAAUUUCGUUCACUCCCAGUGAAGAACUGAAGAACACAAUAGAAACACAAGUAAUCGAGCUCAAGUCUCAGUUAGAGAGUAAAUGCGUAAUGCAAUGAAUAGGAGGAGUUCCACAGGGCUUCCUCUGCGGAGCGUCAACCACAACAUCGUAGCAAACACAUUAUUAACACCCAAACAUUUUUGACACCUAGUUUUGACACGGUUCGGUUCAGUUAUUUCGUUCCCGGUUUGGAAGUAGUGAGUUCACCUGUGAUCCAAAGUAUUUUCAGUAGUGAUAUCUUUUUUAAAAUUAUUUUAUCGUUUUUUUAGACGCAGAUCGACAGCCUUAAGGUUACUUAGUAUUAAAAAUUGCCAAGUUUAUCCAUUGUUUUUGAUGUAGAUAAUUUUAAGAAAGAUACAUUGUAGUUUUUUACUAAAUAGAGGAAAUGAUAAAUGUGUUUUUGUGUAAGUUAUGUUGUUCUAUUCAAAAUUAUUCAUAUGACGCGACACGCAGAUAUAGCCAUUAACAAAAAAGAGACUGCGAUAAACAACUCGAUAACAAGACAAAACUAUUAUGAUGACCUGAUAUACCGAAAUAUUAUUGUCAUAAUAAUUUUGUAGAGAUGUUAAAAAAAAACAAUUGUUAACAGGUUUUGUAGAUAGAAAACAUAGUUUAAACCUAUUUUUUUGUAACGUCAGAUAUAAGUGUAAACCAAAAAAGUGAAUAAAAUUUUUGUUACGAUCAUUUUCUAAAGACGCAUGUAGACUUUUUAAAAUACAAUGAAAAAAUUAACAAACAUUUAAACAAACAAAAAAUUCGAAGCUUAUCCUUUUUCAGAACACUUUUGACUUUUCUCGUACACACUUUACCUCCACUUUUGCACAUCGUGAUUCGUCAUCCAAAUUCCCAAAACUGCCUUUGAUGUCACACCUAAAUUGUCGGAACAAACAAUUAAUGCUUGAUGAUGAACGGAGAUAAAUAACUGUAAUUUGGCCACCGCUUCAUGUUGAUUAAACUCCCGACAAAUAUAAAAAUUAGACAAGAAAUCACAUCAAGUUUUAAGUCGUCGCCGUCGUACGGCUCCUGUGAUAUUUUCCACAAGCUAAAUCAGAUUUUCUUGUUUGUUCCAAUAAUCUCGGUGCCUUACUAAAUCUAGAGCUUAAUGGAUGUGAAAAUUACGUUACCGUGUACUCAAUGCUUGUACAACCGACUGGUCGUCUUCGAGUCGUCACCACUUGACUUUUCCAAGACGAAGGCGUUGUUUAUUUUGGUUUCGGUGUCGCAUGUCAUUGGAUUCUUGUUUGGUGUUUAUUGAAAUUACUCUUUGUCAGUUGUUUUGGGCAAAACUGCUGUAUCGAUGAUGUUGAGACAGACGUUUUGCUUUUUGUACGUGGAUCUCUUUCUCUCGCGCUCUCUCUUAUCUCUCCGAAAUAAUUUUGACCAAAUUAACACCAUUGUAACAAAGAUACUCUUAUUUUUUAUUAAAUCCGGUUAUUUUUAAUACAACUAGUGUUAUCACUAGGAUUAAAUUGAACAGAACACUUAAUUAUGUAUUUGUUUUAGUUUAGAAUAUGCACCGCUUUCCUGUCCUAGGCACUUUAUAUUAAUUUCAGCUGUCGGUUAUACUGUUUAACUGUGGAGAAAAUUACAGCAUGCUUAUCAAAUUGUUCACGCAUCAUCUCAUCAAUGUAAAAGUAAAGACAAUAAUAUAUUAUAAAGUAUUAUUUGUAUCCAUUUUUGAGGACGAUUUUGGGUAUUUGCUGCUACAACGAAGUGAAAAUGACAACCACCAUAUUCCAUGUUAUAAAAAAAACUCUCACAAAAAUUUGACUAUUGUACACUAACCUCCUACAAUUGUCAACAAAAAAAAAAGUUGAUCGUUACCAAAAAAAAAAAGUAAUUAAGGAUAUGCGUAGGUCUGUAAAAAAUAGUUUUCGUCGUUGUACCCAACAAAUAUCCAAAGAGAAAACAAUCUAAAGUUAAACAAUAUAACUUAACGUAUCACUUCUUUUAACCCCCUCCCCCUCUAUCCUCUGUCUAUGUGUCAAUUACUUCAAUAUAUGUAUAUCAUCAUUAUAUCUCUUUACUAGUAGAAUAGCAUCUAUGUCUAUCUUAUCUUAGGUAAAGUAGUGUAUCUUAGACUGUAUCAAUGUAAUUUACUAACAUAGGUGUCGUUGUUUAACUAAAAAAACUGUGUCUCUUUGGCAAAACGCAUUUUUUUAUUUGGAAUUUGGGUGAAAUCAACGUGAAAAAACACGAAACCUCACAGCCAACCUGUACUAUAAGCUGAACCACUAAGUCGUGCCACGCAUUGCGCUUGUAGUAAUGUUUUAACGUGAGGGUUUUGUCACUUAUUAUAUGUACAAACAAAAUAUUACUUAUUAGUGAUAUUUGAACGCAAAUGCAGAUCAAUGCAAAUCAUUUAGUAGGAUAAUGAUUACUUAUUUAGAAGUUGUUAACCCGGUUAACAAGGUUUAAUUUAUUGAUUUGGGCCUUAACUCCUAAUAACUUAACUGUGUACGCAUACGUAAUUGUAUCUAUUACUUGAAGCAAUAUAAGCUUCCUCGUAGCUAUUCCGCUGUGUAUCUAUAGUUAUUACGAUCUUGGUGUUUUUUGGAAAAUGUGUAGGAAUCUUGCCCAAAUUAUCGUUCCUACUUUAUCUGUUGUUAUUAAUCAAACAAAACUUUGCCGGCUCCUUUGUUGGAACGUCAUUUUUUGACGGUCUUGUAACGGAGCCGGGGAAAGUAUAACAAUAAGCAAUGUUUAGAAGAAUGACUUAGUAUGAAGUGAUAUAAAUGUAUUUCAUUCUUUUUUAAUUGACGACCUUAUAAUCAACCUGAACAACCGACUUUGAUGAAUUGGAAACUAACGUGUAAUUCAAAUUUGUUGGAGCUGGAUGUUCGCGAGCUCGAUCUAUAACGCCGAAUAGGUAAACACAACACACAUUGAAUAUCUAAAUUCUAGAGACAACGACACUUAAACAUACUAGAAACAAUCUGUAAUUUCUUACUUAAUUACUUGAAAUUCCACAAGAAUCGGGGAAAUUACCAUUGAAAUUGAACACAAACUGGCUAAGCGGUUACACAAUGAUUUUUUCGUGGUUAUCACAAGUAAGUCUAUAAAAUUAUGGCGUCAAAUUGAUUUGUUUUCUGCGUAGUUUCUCGGACUUCUUGUGGGAUGUGACGAACUCGAAAUAAACCACCACGAAAACAUGUUAGUGUUCAUCAUAAGCCAAAAUCCUUUAGAAUUAUCAUUAUUUGUGAGUGGUUUGUUCUGAAUUCGCAGAGCUUCAGCUUCAGUGACAUUUAAAAAGCUAGUGAUAUUUUAUUGCAAGAAUAAAAAACUGAAAAUGUUAUGAUCAAUGUUGUAUUGUUAUUAAGAGUGACCGUACACUAUUUUGAGACUUAAAGUUAAUUACUGGUUUCUUAAUGGACGACCAAAAUUUAUGUUACGACUAUAUCAAGUUACGGAGAAAUUUCUGUUUAGAAUACGAACGCUGAUGAUAUUUUGCAAAGUUCUUGUUACUUGUUAGGUUGCGAAAUAUGUGUGCAGUCACUGCCAUGAGUAUAUAAAUUGUAAUGUAGAUACAUUGUUGAUUCGAUAUGUAUUGUUUUAGUUUUUAUUGAUUGUUUUGAAUCUUGUUCGUGGCGUUUCUACAACGGCGAUUGAAAUACAAUCUGUACAAAAGAAAAAAUAAAACCCAAAUGACAGGUAUUAACGCCACGAAGUAAUUUUGAAGACCUAGUAAUGUAGCAAUUUUGUAUUUAUACACUUAUUAAACAGAAAACAAACUGAAUGUGCGACUACGAGAGACAGCUACCAGAAAAUAAUCGAAGUUGGCUUCUUUUCGCAGUUGGCGUUUCAAUAAAAAAAAAUUGAGACAGAUGAAACACGUUGUAGUUGCCUCCAGUACCUAUAAAAUAGAUAGUUAAGGGCUGUUCACAUUGUUAUAAAUAAUAUUAAUAUUAAUGAUGAUGAUAUUAAAAAAUCUUAGUCGAUUGACUUGAUUGUUGUUAGUUUACAUCCACCCGCAAGUUAUUGUGAAAACAUGAAACGGACUAAAAUAAAAUAUUACAGUUUAA